AGGAGCAACGUGAGAGCCGGAAUGGGGGAGUUCAUGGUUCACCGCGUGCGGUUCUUCGAUUACAUUCCCUCCGGUGUGCGAUGCAUUUCAUACUCGGAACAGACAGACAAGCUCGCCGUGGCUCGCAAUGACGGGUCUGUGGAAGUGUACAACUUUUCUGCCAACUACUACCAGGAAACGAUCAUUCCCGGCGACGAGAAGAGAUCCACAGAGUCUAUAUGCUGGGUGGCCCGAGACCGACUCUUCUCUGCAGGUCUGAACGGAGAGAUCACCGAAUACGACCUGGAGAGGCUGUGCGUCAAAUAUUCUCUGAAUGCGUUUGGAGGCCCCAUAUGGAGCAUCACGCCGAGUCCGUGUGGAUCUCAGCUUGCCGUGGGCUGUGAGGACGGCUCAGUGAAGCUGUUCACCGUUGCUCCAGAGCGCAUUGUGUUUGAGAAGAGCUUGGAUCGGCAGAAAGAGCGUAUUCUGUGCAUCGCUUGGCAUCCUUCAGGUUCCCAUAUUGUGGCAGGUUCCAUCAACACGAUUAAAGUGUUCAGCGUCUCAUCAGGUCGCCUGCUGCAAGUGCUAAAGAUGGACCGUCGUGGGCUAGUUGGCCAGAAGCGAACAUGUAUUGUAUGGGGCGUAGCUGUUCUGUCCUGCGGUGAAAUCAUCAGCGUGGAUUCUUCUGGAAAGCUCCAGUUCUGGGAUUUAGAGACGGGGACACUUAUCCGCUCAUACACUGCGGCCACUAGCGAUAUCCUGUGCUUAGCGGUGUCUCAGAAAGAAGACAGCCUGGUGGUGGGCACAGCACAGGGAUCAGUCUUACAGUUCCAGCACUUGGCAGCGCAGUUAGGCAAGGAGGAGAAGCAGUGGGUUUCCACCAAACCAUUCCAGCACCACAGCCGCGACGUCCGGGCAGUGGCUCACAGCAGCACGGCUUAUAUUUCUGGAGGCCUGGAUGGAAACAUUGUCGCACGACCAUUGCUGGAGAGGAUAAAAGUCAAAUCCUACGAGGCCGCACUGAGGAAAAUCACCUUCCCACAUCACCAUCUCGUGUCUUGCGCUCAAGCUUCCCGAUUGCUUCUCUUCCAGUUCCCCGAUCAUCUGGAGCUGUGGCGUCUGGGUCAGACUGAUCAAUCAGGGAAAGAUGGCGAUAUCCUUCCUGUGAAACAAGAAGAGGAGCUCCUUCUACAGCUGAAGAGAAAGGGAUCUGAAAAUAUACGAUGUAGCUGUAUCUCCCGAUGUGGGUCAUGGCUUGCCUACACCACCGCCUCUCACCUCUACCUCCAUCGGCUGCAUUACGAUAACAAUAACUUCAGCAUCAGUAAGGUUCCUAAAUUCGCCCAACCACCAACCUCAGCGCUGCACCUUAAGUUUUCACCUGACUCCAAACGUCUGUAUGUUGGAACAGAAGGGGGAUGCGUUCAUAUUAUGGGCCUUUCCAAAGGCACCUGCCAGCACAGUCACACCCUAGAGCCACCAUCAGCUUCUUCACAUCCUGUUCACCUUCUGACCGCCAGCGCAGAUGGGUCUCUACUUGCGGUAGCAUCUACUAAUUCUCAAAUUGACAUCUAUAAUGUGAAAGACUUAAAGUAUAUGUGCUCUGUUCCCCAGUAUAACUCUCCCCCGACUGCAAUAAGUAUCCACCCGUCCACCAAUAACCUGGUGAUCGCUUAUGCAGACCAGCAGGUGCUGGAGUUUAACAUUGCUCAAAAUCAGUACACAGACUGGGGCAAUGAGGUCCUCAAACAUGGCCUUCAUCGUGAGUGGCUGGAACGAGACACACCUAUCAUUGGGAUCACCUUUAACCCCUCGAGAUCAAAACACAUCCUUAUGCAUGACAAUUAUAUGUUCUGCGUCAUUGACAAGUCUCUACCACUUCCAGAUGACGAGACCGUCCUAGUCAACCAGAGGACACUGAGACAACUCUCAGCCGAUGUGCGGAUAAGCCAGGCACAUGCUUUUAAAAUAACAAGAAAAUAUCAGCCGCUGAUGUUCAUGGACUUGUUGGAUAAGGGCGAGUUGGUUGUGGUGGAAAGAACGCUCGGUGACAUUGAGGCGCAGCUGCCGCCUCCCAUGAAACAGAAGAAAUUUGGAACAUAAGUUUUGGGGGUUUUAAGACCGAACAAUUUUCCCUACAAAUAUAUAUAUAUUUUUUGAUGUUUUAU